UGAAAGCCCUUCGUAAGAAAAUCUAUAACCCGAGAACGUGGGUACUAAAGCAAGCCUCAGCGAUUUGAAACCCGUGCGACUCGCUAUUUGAAUCGUUCAUUAAGAAUCCAGACCACGGCUGAAAAUGGUCACAUGGUACUAGUCUCGAGCAGGUAUGCGCCUGUGAUCGGAGCCUGCCGCGCGAAUUAAGGAUUGCGUGACAAACCCAAAGAAAGUCUGCGUAGGAUGCGUAGGAGGGUUCAAUCGCAGUUUGUGAAAGAGAGUGACGACCUUAUGGCCAAAUAAGGUAUCGUAGAGAAUGCACCAUCAUACAUCAUAGUCAUGGGACUCCUUGUUAUUUAUAUUAGGUCAGUAGUUCACUUUACAAGCAGUUUGCAAGCAGCUUCUGCAGUACAGAAUUGCGAAGCGUUAGCACCCUGAGCUUCUUUUCGACUGCCAGUAAUCGGUCCUAAUCGAGCCACUGCCACCGGCAAAAUCGUUCCUAGGCCUCGCUAUUAUUUUGCUGCGCGCUCAAUUUAAAAUUUUGCAAAUUCAACAUGGCGCCUAUGGGUUUUUGUGCGCUGUUACGUCUUAGCAGUUUAAUGGCUGUGCUUCUGCCUGUCGUGAAUGGAGCCGCUUCACCUCCACACAUACUUUUUGUUGUUGCUGAUGAUCUUGGCUGGAGUGAUGUUGGAUUUCACGGCUCAAAAAUCCAAACUCCAAACAUUGACAAGCUGGCUUCGGAAGGAGUCGUGCUCGACAACUAUUACGUUCUUCCGAUUUGUACUCCUACAAGAAGCGCUUUGAUGACUGGAAGGUAUCCCAUCCACACUGGUUUGCAGCAUUUAGUACUGUUUCCAGCAAGUCCUUAUGGAAUGCCACUUGACUUUACCAUUUUACCCCAGAAGCUCAAAGAAUCAGGUUAUGCAACUCAUAUGGUUGGUAAAUGGCACUUGGGCUAUAACAAGUGGGACUACACUCCUACAUAUCGUGGGUUUGAUUCAUUUUAUGGCUAUUACAAUGGAGCAGAAGAUCACUACACUCAUGAAGUCUAUAAUAUAACAGACUUCCGAGACAAUAAAGAACCAGUAAAAGAUCUUGAUGGAAAAUUUGGCACAUUUGCUUUUGCAGAGCGAGCUCAAGACAUCAUCAAGACACAUAAUGCAUCAAAACCCUUGUUCUUGUAUAUGGCAUUCCAAAAUGUUCAUGCGCCAGUCCAAGCGCCCCAAAAGUAUACAGACAAAUACAGUUUUAUUGAGGAUGAAACUCGUAGAACAUAUGCUGGUAUGGUAGAUAUCAUGGAUGAAGCUGUCGGCAACAUCACAGAGGCCAUGAAGGAAGCUGGGCUGUGGGACAACACCUUAAUGGUUUUCACAGCCGAUAAUGGUGGAUGGCAUAACUAUGGUGGAUUUAAUUGGCCUCUCCGUGGAGAGAAGACUACAUUGUGGGAGGGAGGGGUGAGAGGCGUCAGUUUUGUUCACGGGAACAUGCUUGGUAGAAGAGGAGUCAAAUGUAAAGAGCUCCUGCAUGUUACAGACUGGUAUCCAACUUUGGUGAACCUUGUAGGUGGGACUUAUGAUCAUUCACCAAUACCCCUGGAUGGUAUGGAUGUAUGGAACACCAUUUCUCACGGUGAGCCCUCGCCUAGGAAGGAAAUACUUCUCAAUAUUGACUUAAACAAUGCAACCAAAGAAGAUGGGUUGGGCACCACCAUCUAUGAAGGAAUUGCUUUGAGAAUGGGUGACAUGAAGCUUCUUAUGAAUGUACCGAAUGUAACUUGGUAUAAACCUCCAGAACUUGGAGGGGAACCUGUCAAAGAACAAGAUGUAACUACAGCUAAGGGCACUACAAGUGUUCCAAAUGUUGCUUUGUACAACAUCACUGCUGACCCAACGGAACAUGAAGACCUCAGCGAGAAGCUUCCAGAGGUGGUCAAGGCAUUACAAGAAAGAGUGGAGUACUACAUGAAGGGAGCAGUGCCGCCACUGAACAGGGCACUUGACCCCAGGGCAUUUAUUAAAGCAAAAUUGGAAGGUGUCUGGACUCCCUGGCAAGAUUGAAGGACCUUUGGCAAGGAUAUAUUUUUAUUUGUACCUAGACCUUGUUUUGGGCAUAAGAAUAGAGCAAUUUUCAACUGAGAAGCUUUCAACCAAAACCAAACUAAUCGCUGAAAAAGGAGUCAUAAUCUAGUGAACCAACCAAGACUUGAAGGAAACACAAUUCAUGCCUGUAUAAAGCAUGAAAAUGUGCAAGGGAGGCACAAUUGGAUUUUCUUUUACUUCUAAUUGGUUGAUGAAGUGUUGGACAUUCUUUAGGCUGAUUGCUUGAUGUGUUAAUGCAAAACCAAAGCAUACAUAAAUUACUCUUGAUACUCAAGUGAAAACUGCUCUAUACUUGUGAUAAAGAACAAUUAUUAGUUUUCAUUACGUGACAAAGAAAUAGUUUUAGAUUAUAUGAUUGAAAAUAAUCCUAGUUUGUCACCCUUUUUGGUCAUGUCAGUCAGUGUUUAUUCUUGUUACAUUAUAAAGUAACUUGGUGAAAUGGGGACGAGACAUGCACCUCUUGUAAUGUGGCUAAAAAUGAAACAAGUCAAAAGACAGCUGAUACAGUACAAAAUAUCGAAUGGCAAGUGCCAUUUCUAACUUGUAGCCUGUGGGAAAACGUCCUGUGGUAUUCGUAGAUAAGAAUAUAAUUAGUCUAUUGGAACAUAAAAUGAUUGCAGCCUUGAAUACCUGUGGACACGACAGUAGAACAUAAGCCUUCUACUAUGGUCUAUCUGAUUACACAUGUAUAACUCUAAUUUAAAUGCAUUUUUUGUGUUGCUGUCUGA